UACGGCAUAUUGUUAUUUUUAUUGCAUUUAGAUAUGACAGAGAAUUGGAUCCAACUCGUUGGAAUAUCCAAUUUCGUUUGAUUUAACAGUUGUUGAAAAUAUUGCAUAUAGUUUAGAAAAUGUUCCAUUGGAAGACAUUAUCAAUGCACUAAGGAAAUCUAAUAUUUAUCAAUUUAUUGAACAAUUAUCUCAGGAUUAUGAAACAAAAGUAGAAAUGAAAGACAGUUUCCUGUCAGAUAGUGAAAAGCAACGUAUUGCUAUUGCUGGAGUUCUCCUUCGUUGGCUUAAAGUAUUGCUCUUUGAUGAAGCUACAAGUGCCAUGGAUUCACACAACGAACAAGUUUGUUUAUUUUCCUAUUUAUCAAUUAAAACUUCAUCUUCAUUGAUCAAUUUUAGAUUGUACAAGAGACUCUUGAAAAAAGCUCAAAGAGAAGACCCUAGUCGAACAUUACUCAUGAUCGCUCAUCGUCUUUCAACUAUUCCUUCAUGUGAUUUGAUUUGUGUACUUGAUAGAGGACAUAUAGUGGAAAGCGGUACUCAAACAGAACUGAUACAACAACGUGGUGCUUAUUAUAGAAUGCUUGCUCAAAACAAUUUACAAUGA